CACUCGCUGGCUCUCUCUCCAGCUGCCUCCGCUCCAGGUUGCUCCCGGCUGCGCGCGCUCCUCUCCCCGCCUCGCCCCCUCCCGCAGCCUCGCCGCCUUGGUGCCUUCCUGCCCGGCUCGGCCGGCGCUCGUCCCCGGCCCCGGGAGCCCCGGGGCUGCGCUCGCUCCGAGCAUCUUCAGCCCCGCAGUGGCUCGGACCCGAUGCUACGGGAGCGGAGCGAGCCGGGCGCGCAGAGCUGCGGGAGGCGUCGGAUGCGCGGCAGGGCUGGGGACCCGGAGCUCUUGCCAGCUCGCCUUGCCCUUUGGUGAUUACCGGGCUUGUGUUUAGAGCCCGGUCGUUCCUCGGAGGAGACCGGCGCAUCCGAGAGGAGCCAUCCGUGUCGUGUGCGUGUGGAAUAUCUGCAGACAUGACUGCGUGGAGGAAAUUCAAGUCGCUGCUCCUGCCUCUGGUGCUGGCGGUUCUGUGCGCGGGGCUCCUCACUGCAGCUAAGGGUCAGAAUUGUGGUGGCCUGGUACAGGGACCCAAUGGCACCAUCGAAAGUCCUGGCUUUCCUCAUGGGUACCCCAACUAUGCCAAUUGCACCUGGAUAAUUAUCACUGGAGAACGCAACCGGAUCCAGCUAUCCUUCCACACCUUUGCCCUAGAAGAGGAUUUUGACAUCUUAUCUGUCUAUGAUGGACAGCCCCAGCAAGGGAACUUGAAAGUGAGGCUGUCGGGAUUCCAGCUGCCUUCCUCCAUCGUGAGCACUGGGUCUCUCCUCACGCUCUGGUUCACCACGGAUUUUGCAGUGAGCGCACAAGGUUUCAAGGCCAUGUAUGAAGUUUUACCUAGUCACACAUGUGGAAACCCUGGGGAGAUACUGAAAGGAGUUCUCCAUGGAACAAGGUUCAACAUAGGCGACAAGAUCAGAUACAGCUGUCUCUCUGGCUACAUCUUGGAAGGCCACGCCAUUUUGACUUGCAUUGUCAGCCCUGGGAAUGGUGCAUCCUGGGACUUCCCAGCUCCUUUCUGCAGAGCUGAGGGAGCCUGCGGGGGAACCCUAAGGGGAACCAGCGGUUCUAUAUCCAGCCCUCACUUCCCGUCAGAGUACGACAACAAUGCUGACUGCACAUGGACCAUCUUGGCUGAGCCUGGGGACACCAUUGCUCUCGUUUUUACGGACUUCCAGCUGGAGGAAGGAUAUGACUUUUUAGAGAUCAGCGGGACAGAAGCGCCAUCCAUAUGGCUCACAGGCAUGAACCUCCCAUCCCCUGUGAUCAGCAGCAAAAACUGGCUCCGUCUCCACUUUACAUCUGACAGCAAUCACCGGCGUAAGGGGUUCAAUGCUCAGUUCCAAGUGAAAAAGGCAAUUGAGCUGAAGUCCAGAGGAGUCAAGAUGCUACCAAGCAAGGACAGCAGCCACAAAAACUCUGUCUUGACCCAAGGAGGUGUGUCUCUGGUCUCUGACAUGUGUCCAGAUCCUGGAAUUCCAGACAAUGGCAGAAGAGCAGGUUCUGACUUCAGGGUUGGUGCAAAUGUGCAGUUCUCCUGUGAGGACAAUUAUGUACUCCAAGGUGCCAAGGGCAUCACCUGUCAAAGAGUCACCGAGACCCUUGCAGCAUGGAGUGACCACCGACCCAUCUGCCGAGCCAGGACAUGUGGAUCAAACCUUCGUGGGCCGAGUGGUGUCAUCACGUCCCCUAACUACCCAGUGCAGUAUGAAGACAAUGCUCACUGUGUGUGGGUCAUCACAACCACUGAUCCAGACAAGGUCAUCAAGCUUGCUUUUGAAGAGUUUGAGUUGGAACGAGGGUACGACACCCUGACAGUCGGGGAUGCUGGGAAGGUGGGGGACACCAGAUCCGUCUUGUAUGUGCUCACAGGCUCCAGUGUUCCUGAUCUCAUCGUGAGCAUGAGCAAUCAGAUGUGGCUCCACCUGCAGUCAGAUGACAGUAUUGGCUCACCAGGGUUUAAAGCUGUGUACCAAGAAAUCGAGAAGGGAGGCUGUGGGGACCCUGGCAUCCCAGCCUAUGGGAAGCGGACUGGCAGCAGCUUCUUGCACGGAGACACGCUCACCUUUGAGUGCCAGGCGGCUUUUGAGCUUGUGGGAGAGAGAGUGAUUACCUGCCAGAAAAACAACCAGUGGUCAGGCAACAAGCCAAGCUGUGUGUUUUCAUGUUUCUUCAACUUCACGGCAUCCUCUGGGAUCAUCCUCUCACCAAACUAUCCUGAGGAAUACGGCAACAACAUGAACUGUGUGUGGUUGAUUAUAUCUGAGCCUGGGAGCCGGAUUCACCUCAUCUUCAAUGAUUUUGAUGUGGAGCCUCAGUUUGACUUCCUUGCCGUCAAAGAUGAUGGGAUUUCUGACAUCACAGUCCUCGGAACAUUCUCUGGCAAUGAGGUGCCUGCACAGCUGGCCAGCAGUGGACACAUAGUACGCCUGGAGUUUCAGUCUGAUCACUCUACCACGGGCAGAGGGUUCAACAUCACAUACACCACAUUUGGUCAGAAUGAGUGCCAUGAUCCUGGGAUUCCUGUGAAUGGACGGCGUUUUGGAGACAGAUUUCUGCUGGGAAGUUCUGUGUCCUUCCAUUGUGAUGAUGGCUUUGUGAAGACUCAGGGUUCUGAGUCCAUCACAUGCAUCUUGCAAGACGGAAAUGUGGUCUGGAGCUCUACUGUCCCUCGCUGCGAAGCUCCAUGUGGUGGGCACCUGACGGCUUCUAGUGGGGUCAUAUUACCUCCAGGAUGGCCAGGAUAUUACAAAGAUUCUUUAAAUUGUGAAUGGGUCAUUGAAGCAAAACCAGGACAUUCUAUCAAAAUAAUAUUCGACAGAUUCCAGACGGAAGUCAAUUAUGAUACACUGGAAGUACGGGAUGGGCCAACCAGCUCAUCUCCUCUGAUCGGAGAGUACCAUGGCACCCAGGCCCCACAGUUCCUCAUCAGCACAGGCAACUACAUGUACCUGCUCUUUACCACUGACAGCAGUCGGGCUAGUGUUGGCUUUCUCAUCCACUAUGAGAGUGUGACUCUUGAAUCCGACUCCUGUCUGGACCCAGGCAUCCCUGUGAAUGGUCAUCGACAUGGCAGUAACUUUGGGAUCAGGUCUACAGUGACUUUCAGCUGUGACCCUGGAUACACACUCAGUGAUGAUGAGCCCCUCAUCUGUGAGAAGAAUCAUCAGUGGAACCACGCCUUGCCCAGCUGUGAUGCCCUGUGUGGAGGCUACAUCCAUGGAAAGAGUGGGACUGUCCUUUCUCCAGGAUUUCCAGACUUCUAUCCAAACUCUCUGAACUGUACAUGGACCAUCGAAGUCUCACAUGGCAAGGGAGUGCAGAUGAAUUUCCACACCUUUCACCUUGAAAGUUCCCACGACUAUUUGCUGAUCACGGAGGAUGGGAGUUUCUCAGAGCCGGUAGCCAGGCUCACUGGGUCAGUCCUGCCUCACACCAUUAAGGCUGGGUUGUUUGGAAACUUCACUGCACAACUCAGGUUCAUUUCUGACUUCUCCAUCUCCUAUGAAGGCUUCAACAUUACGUUUGCAGAAUACGACCUGGAGCCCUGUGACGACCCUGGUGUCCCUGCCUUCAGCCGCAGAAUUGGAUUCCAGUUUGGUGUGGGUGACACCCUGGCUUUCACUUGCUUCCAGGGAUACCGCUUAGAAGGUGCAACCAAGCUUACCUGCCUGGGUGGGGGACGCCGAGUGUGGAGUGCACCUCUGCCAAGGUGUGUGGCUGAAUGUGGAGCAAGUGCCAAAGGAAAUGAAGGAACAUUACUCUCUCCAAAUUUCCCAUCCAAUUAUGAUAAUAACCACGAGUGUAUCUAUAAAAUAGAAACAGAAGCCGGAAAGGGGAUCCAUCUGAGAGCCCGAACCUUCCAGCUCUUCGAAGGAGACACUCUAAAGGUUUACGAUGGAAAGGACAGCUCCUCAAGGUCACUGGGUGUCUUCACGAGAAGCGAAUUGAUGGGUCUGGUGCUAAACAGCACCUCCAACCACCUGAGGCUGGAGUUCAACACCAACGGGUCAGACACUGCCCAAGGCUUCCAGCUCACCUACACCAGUUUUGACCUAGUGAAAUGUGAGGAUCCAGGCAUCCCUAACUAUGGCUACAGGAUUCGAGAUGAUGGUCACUUCACAGACACUGUGGUUCUCUACAGCUGCAAUCCAGGCUACGCAAUGCAUGGCAGCAGUACCCUGACCUGCCUGAGUGGGGACCGUAGGGUGUGGGACAAACCUAUGCCUUCCUGUGUGGCCGAAUGUGGUGGUCUUGUCCAUGCAGCCACAUCAGGGCGUAUACUAUCUCCUGGCUACCCCGCUCCAUAUGACAACAAUCUUCAUUGCACUUGGACCAUAGAAGCCGAUCCUGGAAAGACCAUCAGCCUCCACUUCAUUGUGUUUGACACUGAAACGGCUCAUGACAUCCUCAAGGUCUGGGAUGGCCCAGUGGACAGCAACAUCCUGCUGAAGGAGUGGAGUGGUUCAGCCCUACCAGAGGACAUCCACAGCACCUUCAACUCCCUCACUCUGCAGUUUGACAGUGAUUUCUUCAUCAGCAAGUCUGGCUUCUCCAUCCAGUUCUCCACUUCCAUUGCAUCCACCUGCAAUGAUCCUGGGAUGCCUCAGAAUGGUACCCGCUAUGGUGACAGCCGGGAACCUGGAGACACCAUCACCUUCCAGUGUGACCCUGGAUACCAACUCCAAGGACAAGCCAAGAUCACUUGUGUGCAGCUUAACAACCGCUUCUUCUGGCAGCCAGAUCCUCCUUCAUGCAUAGCUGCUUGUGGUGGGAAUCUGACGGGCCCUGCUGGAGUGAUUUUAUCUCCAAACUACCCACAGCCAUAUCCUCCUGGGAAGGAGUGUGACUGGAGAGUUAAGGUGAACCCGGACUUUGUCAUUGCCUUGAUAUUCAAAAGUUUUAGCAUGGAGCCGAGUUACGACUUCCUGCAUAUCUAUGAAGGGGAGGACUCCAACAGCCCACUGAUUGGAAGCUUCCAGGGCUCUCAAGCCCCAGAGAGGAUAGAGAGCAGUGGUAACAGCCUCUUCCUGGCAUUCAGGAGUGAUGCUUCUGUUGGCCUAUCGGGGUUCGCCAUUGAAUUUAAAGAGAAGCCCCGGGAAGCUUGCUUUGACCCUGGGAACAUAAUGAAUGGGACGAGGAUUGGAACUGACUUCAAGCUGGGCUCUACAGUUACCUAUCAAUGCGACUCUGGUUACAAAAUCGUGGAUCCCUCAUCCAUUGAGUGUGUGACAGGGGCUGAUGGGAAGCCAUCCUGGGACAAGGCACUGCCUGCUUGCCAAGCACCCUGUGGAGGCCAAUACAUGGGCUCGGAGGGGGUAGUUUUGUCACCGAACUACCCUCAUAACUACACAGCUGGCCAGAUUUGCAUCUACUCCAUCACGGUACCAAAGGAAUUUGUGGUGUUUGGACAGUUUGCCUACUUCCAGACUGCGCUGAAUGACUUGGCAGAGUUGUUUGAUGGAACCCAUCCGCAGGCCAGGCUUCUCAGUUCUCUCUCUGGUUCCCAUUCGGGUGAAACCCUCCCACUGGCUACAUCCAAUCAGAUUCUGCUUCGAUUCAGCGCAAAGAGCGGAGCUUCUGCACGGGGUUUCCACUUCGUGUACCAAGCCGUUCCACGAACCAGUGACACGCAGUGCAGCUCUGUCCCAGAGCCCCGAUAUGGGAGAAGGAUUGGUUCUGAGUUCUCUGCAGGCUCCAUCGUCCGAUUCGAGUGUAACCCAGGUUACCUGCUGCAAGGUUCCACAGCCAUCCGCUGCCAGUCUGUGCCAAAUGCUUUGGCCCAGUGGAACGACACCAUCCCAAGCUGUGUAGUUCCGUGCAGUGGCAAUUUCACUCAAAGAAGAGGGACAAUUUUGUCCCCAGGCUACCCUGAGCCAUACGGGAACAACCUGAACUGUGUGUGGAAGAUCAUCGUAUCGGAGGGUUCAGGAAUCCAGAUCCAAGUGAUCAGCUUUGCCACGGAACAGAACUGGGACUCCCUGGAGAUCCAUGAUGGAGGAGACAUGAUGGCCCCCAGACUGGGCAGCUUCUCAGGUACCACAGUUCCCGCACUGCUGAAUAGCACCUCCAACCAGCUCUGCCUGCACUUCCAGUCUGACAUCAGCGUUGCUGCCGCUGGCUUUCACCUGGAGUAUAAAACGGUGGGCCUGGCUGCGUGCCAGGAACCUACUCUCCCGAGCAACGGCAUCAAGAUAGGAGACCGAUACAUGGUGAAUGACGUACUGUCCUUCCAGUGUGAGCCCGGGUACACCUUGCAGGGCCGCUCACACAUUUCUUGUAUGCCAGGAACCGUACGUCGCUGGAACUAUCCUUCCCCUUUGUGCAUUGCCACCUGUGGUGGGACACUGACCAGCAUGAGUGGAGUGAUCCUGAGCCCAGGGUUUCCGGGCUCAUACCCCAACAACUUGGACUGCACCUGGAAGAUAUCACUGCCCAUUGGCUAUGGUGCACAUAUCCAAUUUCUAAAUUUCUCAACUGAAGCCAACCAUGACUACCUGGAGAUCCAGAAUGGCCCUUACCACAGCAGUCCAAUGAUGGGCCAGUUCAGUGGCCCUGACCUUCCUGCAUCUCUGCUGAGCACCACACACGAAACCCUCAUCCGUUUCUAUAGUGACCACUCACAGAACCGGCAAGGAUUUAAACUCAGUUACCAAGCUUAUGAGUUACAGAACUGCCCGGACCCACCGGCAUUCCAGAAUGGGUUCAUGAUCAACUCGGAUUACAGCGUGGGCCAGUCAAUCUCCUUUGAGUGCUAUCCUGGCUACAUCUUGCUAGGCCACCCUGUGCUCACCUGCCAGCAUGGCACUGACAGAAACUGGAACUACCCUUUCCCACGGUGUGAUGCUCCCUGCGGGUAUAAUGUGACAUCACAGAAUGGUACCAUUUAUUCCCCUGGGUUUCCAGAUGAAUACCCAAUUCUGAAGGACUGCCUGUGGCUGGUCACUGUCCCUCCAGGGCAUGGAGUGUACAUCAACUUCACCUUGCUGCAGACCGAGGCUGUAAAUGACUACAUCGCUGUGUGGGAUGGUCCUGACCAGAACUCGCCUCAGCUCGGGGUCUUCAGUGGAAACACUGCCCUUGAGACAGCAUACAGCUCCACCAACCAGGUCCUGCUCAAAUUCCACAGCGAUUUCUCCAAUGGAGGCUUCUUUGUCCUCAAUUUUCAUGCAUUUCAGCUGAAGAGGUGCCCGCCUCCCCCAGCAGUGCCGCAGGCUGACCUGCUUACAGAAGACGAGGACUUUGAAAUAGGGGACUUCGUAAAGUACCAGUGCCAUCCAGGGUACACACUGUUGGGAAGCGACACUCUGACAUGCAAGCUCAGCUCACAGCUACUGUUCCAAGGUUCUCCACCCACCUGUGAAGCACAAUGCCCAGCAAAUGAAGUGCGAACAGCUUCUUCUGGGGUGAUUCUCAGUCCCGGGUACCCAGGCAACUAUUUUAACUCCCAGACAUGUGCUUGGAGUAUUAAAGUGGAGCCAAACUUUAACAUUACGCUCUUUGUGGACACAUUUCAAAGUGAAAAGCAAUUUGAUGCACUGGAAGUAUUUGAUGGUUCUUCUGGACAAAGUCCUCUGUUGGUGGUCUUAAGUGGGAACCACACAGAACAGUCCAAUUUCACCAGCAGAAGCAACCAUCUAUACCUCCGCUGGUCCACAGACCAUGCAACCAGCAAGAAAGGAUUCAAGAUUCGCUAUGCAGCUCCUUACUGCAGCCUCACCUCUACACUCAAGAAUGGUGGCAUUUUAAAUAAAACCGCCGGGGCAGUGGGGAGCAAGGUAUACUACUUCUGCAAGCCUGGAUAUCGAAUGAUUGGCCACAGCAAUGCAACGUGCAGGCGGAACCCAGUGGGCAUAUAUCAGUGGGACUCGAUGGCACCACUUUGCCAGGCUGUGUCCUGUGGAAUUCCAGAGGCUCCAGGAAAUGGCUCGUUCACGGGCAAUGAGUUCACCUUAGACAGUAAAGUGACUUACGAAUGUCAUGAAGGCUUCAAGCUGGAUGCCAGUCAGCAAGCCACUGCUGUGUGUCAAGAAGAUGGCCUGUGGAGCAACAGAGGAAAGCCACCCACAUGCAAACCGGUGCCCUGCCCCAGCAUCGAAGGCCAGCUGUCAGAGCACGUGCUCUGGAGGCUGGUUUCAGGAUCACUGAAUGAAUAUGGAGCUCAAGUUCUCCUCAGCUGCAGCCCUGGCUACUUCUUGCAGGGUCAGAGGCUCUUGCAGUGCCAAGCCAAUGGGACCUGGAGCACUGAAGAAGACAGACCCAGAUGUAAAGUCAUCUCCUGUGGAAGCCUGUCCUUUCCACCAAAUGGUAACAAGAUAGGGACGCUCACUAUGUACGGAGCCACUGCCAUCUUUACCUGCAACACCGGCUACACACUUGUGGGCUCCCAUGUCCGGGAGUGCUUGGCCAAUGGUCUCUGGAGUGGAUCUGAAACAAGGUGUCUGGCGGGUCAUUGUGGCUCUCCAGACCCCAUUGUGAAUGGCCAUAUCAGCGGUGAUGGCUUCAGCUACAGAGACACCGUGGUCUACCAAUGCAACCCUGGCUUCCGGCUUGUGGGCACCUCUGUAAGGAUUUGCCUGCAGGACCACAAGUGGUCGGGACAGACCCCUGUUUGCGUCCCCAUCACAUGUGGACAUCCUGGAAACCCUGCCCAUGGCCUCACCAACGGCACCGAGUUCAACCUGAAUGACCUUGUGAAUUUCACCUGCCAUACGGGCUACCUGCUGCAGGGUGCCUCCCGAGCCCAGUGUCGGAGCAAUGGCCAGUGGAGCAGCCCCUUGCCUAUCUGUCGAGUGGUUAACUGUUCCGAUCCCGGAUUUGUGGAAAAUGCAGUUCGCCACGGGCAACAGAACUUUCCAGAGAGUUUCGAGUAUGGGACAAGUGUGAUGUAUCAUUGCAAGAAGGGGUUCUACCUGCUGGGAUCUUCUGCCCUGACCUGCAUGGCAAAUGGCUUGUGGGACCGCUCCUUACCCAAGUGUCUGGCUAUUUCAUGUGGGCAUCCUGGGGUCCCUGCUAAUGCUGUCCUGACUGGAGAAUUGUUCACAUAUGGAGCCACAGUCCAGUACUCCUGCAAAGGGGGGCAGAUCCUCUCAGGCAAUAGCACAAGAGUCUGCCAAGAAGACAGUCACUGGAGUGGAUCCCUUCCUCAUUGUUCAGGAAAUAGUCCUGGAUUUUGUGGUGAUCCAGGGACGCCAGCGCAUGGGUCUCGUCUUGGGGAUGAGUUUAAGACAAAGAGUCUGUUGCGGUUCUCCUGUGAGAUGGGCCACCAGCUGAGGGGCUCUGCAGAGCGCACAUGCCUGGUGAAUGGAUCUUGGUCAGGAUUACAGCCUGUGUGUGAGGCCGUGUCCUGUGGAAACCCUGGCACCCCCACCAACGGGAUGAUUCUCAGCAGCGAUGGAAUCCUCUUCUCCAGUUCUGUCAUCUAUGCUUGCUGGGAAGGCUACAAGACCUCAGGGCUCAUGACUCGGCACUGCACAGCCAACGGGACAUGGACAGGCACAGCCCCUGACUGUACAAUCAUCAGCUGUGGGGAUCCUGGGACACUGCCCAAUGGCAUCCAGUUUGGGACAGACUUCACUUUCAACAAGACUGUGAGCUAUCAGUGCAACCCCGGCUACCUGAUGGAGCCCCCCACAUCACCCACUAUCCGCUGCACCAAAGAUGGCACAUGGAAUCAGAGCCGGCCCCUCUGCAAAGCUGUCCUGUGCAACCAGCCUCCCCCAGUAGCCAAUGGAAAAGUGGAGGGGUCAGACUUCCGAUGGGGUGCCAGCAUAAGCUACAGCUGUGUGGAUGGCUACCAGCUCUCGAACUCAGCCAUCCUGUCCUGUGAAGGGCGUGGAGUGUGGAAAGGAGAAGUCCCUCAGUGCUUGCCUGUGUUCUGUGGUGAUCCUGGGACUCCGGCAGAGGGACGGCUCAGUGGGAAAAGCUUCACCUUUAAGUCUGAGGUCUUCAUCCAAUGCAAACCCCCUUUUGUGUUAGUGGGAUCUUCCAGGAGAACCUGUCAGGCUGAUGGGAUGUGGAGUGGCAUCCAGCCCACUUGUAUAGAUCCGGCACACACCGCCUGCCCAGACCCUGGCACUCCCCACUUUGGAAUUCAGAAUAGCUCUAAAGGUUAUGAGGUUGGAAGCACUGUGUUCUUCAGAUGUAGAAAAGGUUACCACAUCCAAGGCUCCACUACACGGACCUGCCUUGCAAACCUUACAUGGAGUGGGAUCCAGACAGAGUGCAUACCCCAUGCCUGCCGACAGCCAGAGACCCCAGCGCAUGCAGAUGUGAGAGCCAUUGAUCUUCCAGCUUUUGGCUACACUUUAGUCUACACCUGCCAUCCCGGAUUUUUCCUUGCUGGUGGAUCUGAACACAGGACAUGUAAAGCAGAUAUGAAAUGGACAGGAAAGUCACCUGUUUGUAAAAGUAAAGGAGUGAGAGAAGUUAAUGAAACAGUUACUAAAACUCCAGUUCCUUCUGAUGUAUUUUUCAUCAACUCGGUGUGGAAAGGAUAUUAUGAAUAUUUAGGAAAGAGACAGCCUGCAACUCUCACUGUGGACUGGUUCAAUGCAACCAGCAGCAAGGUCAAUGCGACCUUCACCACAGCCUCCCAGGUGCAGCUGGAGCUGACAGGGGUCUACAAGAAGGAAGAGGCCCACCUGCUUCUGAAAGCCUUUCAUAUCAAAGGACCAGCAGAUAUUUUUGUAAGCAAGUUUGAAAAUGACAACUGGGGACUCGAUGGUUACGUGUCCUCAGGACUUGAGAGAGGAGGAUUCUCCUUUCAAGGUGAUAUACAUGGAAAAGACUUCGGGAAGUUCAAGCUAGAAAGGCAAGAUCCUUCCAACUCUGAUGCGGACUCUUCAAAUCACUACCAGGGUACCAGCAGUGGCUCUGUGGCAGCUGCGAUUCUCGUUCCCUUCUUCGCUCUAAUUCUUUCAGGGUUUGCAUUUUACCUCUACAAACACAGAACAAGACCAAAAGUUCAAUAUAAUGGCUAUGCUGGCCAUGAAAACAGUAAUGGACAAGCUUCAUUUGAAAACCCCAUGUAUGACACAAACUUAAAACCCACAGAGGCCAAGGCUGUGAGGUUUGACACGACUCUGAACACAGUGUGUACAGUGGUAUAGCCCUCAGUGCCCCCUAGGACCGAUUCAUAGCCAUACCUCUGAUGGACAAGCAGUAAAAUCCUUUGGUGCCAUAUACCACCCCCCUUCUACUCUUGCCUUGCUGCAGCAACCUUGGCCAUCGUCUGCUGGCAUAACGCAGUGGGAAUUUCCUCUGAAUCACGACCGAGUCUUCUGAGGAUCAAAUUGUGAAUACAUCUUCAUCUCGAAAAUGGAUUAUCAAAGCCUGGCUGCUGCAUCCACCAGAAAUCAAGAUACCGACAACGACGAGGGCAAGGAAGACUGCAGAGUCUUACAGACAGGUGGUACUUAAUGCCUCUGACAUUUGUGUCUCUGUGUGGCCAGGAUGCCUUUGGAUGUUGUCUUCUGAGCAUACAGAUACAUCCUUCAGGUGCGGCAACAAAAUGGUAGCAGAUAUGUGUUUUGUGUUUUUCUUUUCUUUUUAUCCCUAUUCACUGGACAUGAAUUCUUUACAAAAGUAAAGCCUUCCUGGAGAAGAUACCUUCUGGAAAAUGCACACACGUACACUUGCUUCACUCUGCCCUGCCUGAGACAUGAGCUCUGCGGAUCUACAGGCUCCACUGGGCAUCCAUCAAUUACUAGGGAUGUUUGCAGAUCUCACAGUCAGAGCUGCUCCAUCCCAGAAUUCUUGAUGUUCAACAUUUUGCACUAGUGUGUUAAGAACGACUAAGUCUAAUUUCUAAACAAACUAUUUCCACAGGGUUUGUAUUCACUAUACAUUGUACAUAAGCAUCCUCUCAUAUUGCAUUCUCAAGCAAAAGAUGCCACCCUCAGUUGAGUUGGCAUGUAAAGGAAAGUAUCCCCAGAUACAGCACAGAUUUUGAAAGGGAGAUAGUACUAGUAUGCUGAAGAAGUUAUAUUUUUAUCACUUCUGUUGGCCACAUUUAUGUGUCAGAUCCAUUGCCUACUCCCGGUGGUAGAAAUGAAGCCACAUAUUCCCUUUGAUUUCUCCCCUUCUUGUGCAUACAACUAUUGUCUACAGCAUACUGAUCAAUAACAGGGGGCUCCAGAAAUGUCCAUCUUUCCAUGUACAGUUGUGAAUAGUAAUUUAUUUUAGGUAGCUCAUGAACUCAGUUCACAGUGCAGUCUUCCCCUCUGGAUUGUUGUUUCCUUUCUCUGUUCUGUAACAUCACCCUCCCAGAAUGCAUUGAGACACUUAUCUCACAGCCACACCCAAGCUCAGAGGAAUCAAAAGGGAAAUCAAAGUCCAAAUCAGAAUCGGAAGGGCAGGCGCCGCUCGCACACCCUCAUGAUGAUCUGUUUUAUAGAUUAUUUGCCUUUCUUGCAAAAAAAAAAAAAAUCAUUUCAGUGAUUUUUGAAACGUUUAAAAUUCUUUACUGAUAGACUAUCUAUUAUGAUAUGUAAGAUAGGUGGUAUGGCCAACAGGGGUAAAAUAAACAGCCUGAAGACAAGGCAGGGCCAGAGAAAUGUCUGUAAGAAAUUCAAAGAGAAGAUCAUGUUUAUUUUUAUUUAUAUUUGUUUGAUAAAAGUAUUUUUGGAAAUAUAAUGCUUAUUUUAUUAUUUGACGUUUCAUGCACAGUUCAUGUGGUAAAAAUCCCCCCUUUGCACAUCCCAGGAUUUGCACUGAUAACAUGGGUCAGGAUGUCAUGCUGACGUUCUGUUUGCUGUGGUGACUACGUUCAUGCCUAGCUUUAAGACAGGUGGAUCUGUCUAUCUACAUGAUGUUUAAAUUCAGGACUUCCCAGAGGACAGUGGGUAAAGGAAUAUUGGCUUACGGCUUUGGAAGUUCAGCAUUCUGAGCAUUCCAGAGGCCACACUGGGCUCCCUCUUUGCAGCCAGCUCUUCUUGCAAGGGCUGUCUGUUGUGUCAGGACUCCUGACUUCUUCUGUUGACACUCUAUCCACUGGGGUUCAUAUUUAAGACUCCAUGUCCCAGGAAGGAGUUUUGACAUAGGUUCCUCCAGCCAAGCCAACACACAUCCAUGGCAUUCUUCUGGGUCCACAGAGGUUCUUCAUUGGCUCCCUGGGAAAUUCAGAUGAUGUCAGCAAGAGUGUGCUUCUAACCACACAUUGAGCCAAAACGAAAACCGAGAACAUCAGAAGGUCCACAGACCAGAGUGCGCAAGGGAGAACAGGGUUACUAUAUAUAUUAAUGUAUAUAAAAACACACACAAAAACAUAUAUAUAUAUAUAUAUUGUACAUAUCUAAGUUUGAGUCAUUCAGACUAGGUGCAAAAUGCUGACUUUGGAGUCUAAACUAACGUCUCUUGUCCCCACAUCCCUGGCCUGUUUGCUGGCCAGUUACAUUAAGAAGACUUGACUCAGAUAGGGCAUACAUACAUGCAAGGAGCCACAUCAUCAGACCAGUGUCGUUUUCCUUUGUGUGCAAACUGACUUACAGCUACCAGACUGCAUCAUGAUAUUUAAAACCAACAUACAAUAUUGAGCGGCACACUCAGUUGAGAGCCUAGCUCAAUUCUUCCUAUGAUGUGUGUGUGUGUGUGUGUGUGUGUGUGUGUGUGUGUGUGUGUGUGUGUGGUGUUUCACCAGGUCUCAGAGGCAUUGAAGACCUAGCAGGACAGUCAGGAACACCUUCCUCAGUGAGGUCUCGACUUUUCCCUGAAGCGCCCAGAGCACAGUGAGGAGACACGCUAUGAGUGACAGAUUACAUGUGCUUCGAAGCUGUUCAACUGUUGCUUGUCUUUGCCCAUCUUGCCUUCAGGCUAGCUGCAAUAAUUUUUUUCUUCUGUAAAAUAUUUUGUAAACAAUAACAACAACAACAACAAAAGCUAUUAAAAAGGGAGAAAAGAAAGCUGGCAUUAUGAUCAGGAAAACCAUCCAUUCUCGCUGUCCCACCCUCCCGUCUCCUCCACACGCUGCUGUCACAACGUAGGUGCGGAAGACCUUUUUGUACAGAGAUAUAUUUUUUAUGAAGAAUUUGUAAAAUUAUUAAAUAUGCUGUAAUUUUUUGAUUAAUGUAGGUAAAUUGUUAAAAAAAAAUAAAUGUUUUUACAAUGCAAAACUGUAAUUUUCCCGAUAAUGUAACGUUACCCUCUAGCUGAUUUUCAGUUCCCAUCCUAUUCGACAUGUAUUAAUAUUAAGGCGGCCUGUUAAAACGAACAGUAUCUUUUUGUCAAAAAAAAAAUUAUAAAGAGAGUGUAACAUAACCUGUGUAAUGCCACCUAUCUUUAAAGCAAAUCAGAGUUCUAAUUAAAUAUUUAAUUUU